AUUCCAAAAUACUGUACUUAGAUAGAUUUGUAUUCUUUUUCAGGUGAUCAUGAAUUGACAGACUUCGAAACAGCCAUUUCAGAGGCCGCCACAAUGAGAAACAACAGUAUUACUGAAAUCAGAUCCUUGAAUGACGCUAUUGAGCAGAUGCGGGAUGAACUCCCGUUAUCAAUCCUUGCUAAUAGUUAUGUAAUGUCCAACAAGGUGGCAGACAUCUGCUACGAAAUUGCUGUAAAAGAACAGAAGGUGAAAGACUUGGAAAAUCAUAUAGAUCAAGAGCUGAAAUUCGCAAGUGGCCCCUUGGCAACAAGUAUGGAUGAUGUUUUGCAUGCUAAUAAAAUACCAAGACAACAAUAUCAUGGGAAAAGCUUCGUUGGAAAUCAUGUUCACAAAGCCUGCAAGAUUAACAUCAUUGACAAAUUGAUGACUGGUAUGAACUCUGCCCUUAAAAAUGAGCUAGAAGAAUGCCCGAUCAGCUCAGCAAAAAUUCUAAACACAGCAUUAGAAAAAAUAAAAAAGAAGCACACACCAGUUUUUGAAACAUUUGCUAAGGUACACACGUUAAUAAACCACACACGACCUGUUAAUCCAACUGAACUGAGAGAAUAUGGUAAGAAACAAAUUCAUAUUUUGCAUUCAAAAAAAAUAAUAACUAGCUUUUUGUUAAAGUGUUUUCCAAAUUAUAUGUGCAUUUUUUUUUUGACCCAGAGUUGGCAAUCACAGAUUUUUCAAGAGAGUAUCGAAAAGUUGCAACCAAUGUUAAGCAACCAAAGCUACAUAUGCUGGAACAUCAUUCAAUUGAAUUCAUGAGGAAGUGGAAGGUUGGUCUUGGCUUGCUGUCUGAGCAGGGUGGCGAACUAAUACAUGCAGAAUUCAAUCGCCGUAAAAGAUCUGUAUAUGGAUUACGAAGUCAUCUCGACCAAAUU